AUGCGAGGAUCAAUAUCAACAUCGCUCGCUAUUGCGACUACUAUUCUGAGCGUCGAUGCCAUCAAUCUGGUAAAACGAACAGAUGGACCUUCCCGAGUCGUGGAGUUUCCCAUACAACGAAGAAGUAUUUCGAAUCCAGUUCAACACGACCGACAACGAAUGCAACGACGCGAUGGAACCCUUUCCGUGACUCUGGAUAACGAGGAAACACUUUACUUUAUGAACGCGACGAUCGGGACCCCAGACCAAAGUUUUCGACUACACCUCGAUACUGGAUCCAGCGAUUUGUGGGUGAAUGUAGCUGGCAGUUCACUUUGCACGCAAGACAAUGGCGGCGCUUGCUCAGUAUCCGGGACUUACGAUGCAAAUUCAUCGUCGACGUACAACUACGUGAACAGCGACUUUAACAUCACCUACGUGGACGGAUCGGGGUCAAGCGGCGACUAUGCUACCGACACAGUCAAGUUCGGUGACGUUACCAUCGAGAACCAGCAAUUCGGUAUCGGUUACGAAUCCAGCUCGCAAGAAGGCAUUCUGGGAAUCGGCUACCCAAUUAACGAAGUGGCCGUGGCCUACAAUGGCGGACGACCGUACGCGAAUGUGCCACAGAGUCUGCUGAAUAACGGCGAAAUCUCUACGAACGCAUACAGUCUGUGGCUCAAUGAUCUGGACGCCUCGACGGGCUCCAUCCUCUUUGGCGGUGUCAACUCUGACAAGUACACUGGAUCACUGGAGACCCUUCCCAUCAUCAAGGAACAAGGCGUCUAUGCUGAGUUCAUCAUCGCUCUUACUGGCGUCGGUAUGAACGGGAACGCGGGCAACCUGUCCAGCAACCUUGCCGUCCCAGCUCUUCUGGAUUCUGGCAGCAGCUUGAUGUAUCUUCCCAACAAUGUGACCCAGGAGAUCUACGACGCUGUCGGUGCGUCGUAUGACGCGAACCAGGGCGCCGCCUUUGUUGAUUGUGAUCUCGCCAACUCAGACACUACGAUCGACUUUACCUUCUCGAGUCCGACUAUCCGCGUUGCCAUGAACGAGCUCGUCAUCAUUGCCGGUGUGGACCGUGGUCAGCCCGUGUGUAUCCUCGGAAUUGGACCUGCAGGCUCCAGUACUCCAGUCUUGGGCGAUACAUUCCUGCGAUCUGCUUAUGUCGUCUACGACAUCACCGCCAACGAAAUCUCCCUCGCGCAGACCAACUUCAACUCAACGAGUGACAACGUCAUGGAGAUUACCAACUCCACCGGUGUACCUAGCGCGACCUUGGUACAGAAUGCUGUGACCAGCGUCGCCGUCAGCUCUGGAGGCGCGAGAAUUGGUGAUGGCGGUAUCACCACAACCAUCGAAGGCGCAGCGCAGCCUACCGCGGCACCUGGCUACAACAUGGCAUGGCUGGGCGCAGCCGGUGCCGUGGCUGUGAUGGCGCUUUGA